ACCAAAGUAUGGCUAUCUAGAAAUCGAGAUAUUAGUUGUGCAAUUAUAGAUUGUACUGAUGCUGGAACUUUUGCUAGAAGAGAAAAAUGUCCACUCGGAUUCAUAUUUACAUAUUACGAGGGACAUCAACCUCAAUAUACAUAUUUGCGGGCCUCAAUGUUAGCAUAUGCGCAUAUUAAUUUGUUAGAGAUGUUUCAGAGAUUUGAUCCUAAUGAAGUAGUAAAGAUUGCUACAGAUUCUAUAUAUAUACGAAAAGAGGCUUUAUAUAAGAUCGAAAAUAUACCGGUAUUCUUCAAGCAAGUUGAGAUAAAAUCAGAUCCAAAUUUAUAUUCACACUAUCCUUUUUGUGCAAUGUGUACUGAUCCAGAAGAAUUCUUUAUUUCAAAAUCUGAAUAUGCAAAAUGGAUUAAAGAGUUCCAAAAAACCAAAACGCCUCUAUUUUAUAGACCAGACUUCUAUGUUCUUUCACAUCAACCAGAAAAACAAGAAAUCCGAGAAAUUCAACCUAGUCAAUGGCGUGACAAAGGUGAAAAAAUAUAUGAACCAGUUACUAAUAUUAUAUACUGGCCAAAGAAUAGGUAUUGGGAAUCGAUCAAAAAUAUUCCUGAAAGUACAGCACCCUCGAUUCAUGAUCCUAUUACAAGAUGUCAGAAAUUAUAUCUUAAUGGAGAUGGUGGUUCAGGAAAAACAAUGCGUGCAAUUCGAAUUUUCAAAAAUAUAAACAUGGUUGUAUUUACUUAUACAAAUGCAUUAGCUAAAGAUUUUCAAGAAAAACGUAAUGUAAAAGCUCAAACUUGGCAUAGUUUCUUCAGAUGGAAUAAAGUGGAAGAGUGGACACCUGAACGCAUGGGAGAGAAAAAAUUUCCACAAGUUGUUAUUUGGGAUGAGAUAAUUUGUUGUGGUGACGAUGCACAACCUCCACCAUUCUUCGGAGAAAUGCCACAUAAUUGGUUAAAAGAGCAUGCUGAUUAUUACGAAGAAGUUUUAACUGAUUAUCAUGCAAAAUGUCCUAAGUUACGUGAAUUUAAAAAAGCUAUGCAUCGUAUAUUAUCAGCACAUCACCUAUCUCGAAGAAUUGCAUCACAAAAAUACCUUGAACUCCAUCAUAUUAAAUAUUCAGAUCUACCGGUUUCACUAAUAUAUAGGCCAAGAGAUAGACGUAACCAAAACUGCCUCGUUUCAAUUCCUGGUUCAUCUGAGAAACAAGAACUAGUAAAAAAUGAUAUAGUACAUUUACCAUUGAAUAUGCUUCCUGAAAAGUUUAUAAAAGAUAUAUGUGCUUUAGCACUAACUCUGUUAUUAACUAAAGAAAAAAUACUUGAUUGGGAUUUGGGAUAUGCUAUGACUAUGCAUACUAGUCAAGGGAUGACGCUUGAAGCACCACAACGAGUUUGGAUAGAAGGUCCUCCAUUACCUCCUAAGAUUGAGGAAGCAAAAAAUAAGAAAGCAAUUGAGCGAUCUCUAAAACCAUUUAUUUCUGGAAAACUCGUAAGAUAUAUAGAUCAAGAUAAGAAAAAAGGUCGUGAAUUUAACUUAUCU